UCCUCCUCUUCCUCUCCUCCUUCUUCUUCUUCUUCCUCUUCAAUUGGUUAUAGUUUGGAAAUCUUUACAUUUGAGCAGGAAAUGGGACAAGUGAAUGGUGUCUUGGAGAACUCUUCAUCUAGUUCUACAGCAAGUUCACCAACACUUCCACCUUCAGGACAUUAUAGCAUGAGAGCAAUAAUGUUUAGAAUAGAUACUUAUAGACAUAGAAAUUGGAAUUAUCCACAUCUAACUCCAGAAUUAUUGGGUUCAAGGGGAUUUCUAUAUUUAGGUGAAGGUGAUUAUAUUGAAUGUGUUUUUUGUGGUUACAUGGUGACAAAUUUAGGAAAUGAAAACGAUCCAAUUAGAACACAUAAUCUAGGUAAUCCUGCUUGUCCAUCAAUUGUCGCAGUAAACCCUGGUCAUUUGACAGCCAGGGGAGAAAAUGAAUAUGUAGAAAUUUGGGACAUUCCAGAUAAUGAACCAACACCAACUGUUCAAUCUCCAUCUCAUUCACCUCCUCCACUUCCUCCGAGAAGACGACGACAUAGGGAAUAUUCAAGAAGAUUUGAAAGAAAUUGGCAAAAUGUUGUCGAUCAUAUUGAAGGUGUUGAUAACCUUCUUCUAAUAAAUGAGGCAACAGCUGAUGAAAAUAUUAGUCAGCAAAGAGCACAAAACUUUCGAGAAGCAGAAACCAUCAGACGACAUAGACGAGUGUUUAGACCAUUAUUUAUUAAUUAUUCAUCUUUUGAUGCUCGUCUCGAAACAUUCACUAGGUGGCCGCUAGGUCAUCCAAUAGUACCUUCGAGAAUGGCUGAAGCUGGUUUCAUUCAUAAUGGGUAUACUGAUGUUACUAUUUGUUUUCAUUGUGGCCACUGUAUUUCUAAUUGGGAUGCUGAUGAUGACCCAUGGAUAGAGCAUGUUAAUGGAUCACCACUAUGUGCCUAUAUUUAUCUAAUGAGAGGGAAUCAAUAUAUCGAAGCCAGGCAAAGUUUAUAUAUGUCUUCAAGACCAUUAUAUCCACCACCAAGACCUUCAUCGGAUUUAUCGAGAUAUACAUGUAAAGUAUGUCUUGAUAAUGAAGUUGGUCUUGUAUUCUCCCCCUGUGACCAUGCUGUUGCAUGUUUUGAAUGUGCUAUUUCUUUAGUUAGAUGUCCUUUAUGUAGGUGUCCAAUAAUUAGGGCUGUCCGGACACAUUUCAUUGAUUAA